UCAGUUUGUCUCUGACGUAGUUUGCUAUGUAUGCCACGGUGACGGGACGGCUAGCACUGGGUAUUAUUUGACCGGGUAAAAAUCUUGCAGGCAGUAGUUUGGCAAAAUAACACAAUUGUCUGAUUACUUUUUCAUAGUACUAUCCUACUGCUGUUUCAUCAUGAUGCGCACCAGGGUUAAACUGUUUUAACUGUUAAAAAAAUAUCUGUUUGAGGAAAAUAACAAUAAAUUAUUUUCAGUACGAGAGCGCCGACACGGCUCUGUCUGCCUUUCAGUUCAUGCUAAGGGAAAAAUAUAUUUUGUUACUGUUGACAAACGUGAAAAGACCGAGGAGCAUGGCCGGGGAAAGCGAAAAGAAAAUACUUCUUGAAAUGGUCCAAGCGGACGGGGCCGAUGAGGGCUGUGUGACUUUCGUGCUGCAUGAUGAGGACCAUACACUGGGCAACUCCCUCAGAUACAUGAUCAUGAAGAAGUCAGUGCUAGUCACGGAUGUGGAGUUCUGCGGCUACACCAUCACCCACCCGUCUGAGAGCAAGAUCAACUUUCGCAUUCAGACGCGAGGGGGAGUUCCAGCUGUGGAGCCGCUGAGGAGGGGCCUGACCGAGCUCAAUGACGUUUGUCAGCACGUUCUCAACACCUUUCAGGCAAGAGUCAACGAGUUCAAAGAGAGACAGGAGCAACCCAUGGAAUGAUGGUCGUCACUAACUACCUAAAAAAAAAACAUUUUUUUUCUCCUGUUUUUUCUGUUUUCUCCAAUCCUCCAGAGCAGUCGUAUUUAAACUUGUUGUACAGAUUUGUUUUUCUAUGAAGGUCAGAUUGAUAUAUGAUGUAUAAUAAAUGUGCAUAAGCCUAAUGUUGAUCAUUCCUUUGCUGCUGGAUUGAUGAGUGAAUUUUGGUUUAAAAGACAGAACUUGCCAACAAACACUUUAAGUUUCCCAUUUUCGGGGGUUCCAAAGUAGAUCCUGUAACAGUUUUCAGUGUGCCGUUGGACUCCUGCUGCUCUAUUUAUUUUCACAAUCCCUCACAUAACACCAUAUUGAGGGAUGUCCAAACCCUAAAUGAGAAGGCUGUCAAACAGCCGAUUGCCCUCAUUUGUCCUUUUGAAGCCGCAUUUGAUGAGUGAAGAAAUUGGAAAAAUGGAAGUUUGGAAUGUCCUUAUUAGCCGAGGAAUGCGGGGCGAGGGGCUUCAUACAGUGGAGGAAGAUGGAGGGGAAACGGGGGGGAAAACCUGUUAGGAAGACAG